ACAACUCGUUCAAGGUGUAGUCAAAACCGUGGAAGUGAGAAACUCCAUUGUUUGCACCGAAAAUUAAGACACGAUGGUGGACUAUUCAUGUGGAGACCUUUUAUAACUCGCAUUUCUUCUGUUUUCGUAGAUCGGCUGCACUGUGUGGUCCGCCGAUACGCAUCUUAGGCGAUGUAUCUGCUGUAAACCCGCAGCUGACGCUUGUGUCCGAACCUUGCUGAAUAUUUUGUUCUUGUAUUCAACACCAGGAAGCGAGAUCUUGCCAUCUACAAGCUGUUACCUUACGCGAUGAAAACACAAAAGAACCGGAAAACAACAUGUUAAUGGUCACAAUCUGACAGUAAACGACGUUAUUUGGGUGUUGCUGCACUAAAUUUGAAGGCUAACCUCACAGUAACUGACUUCGUAUACCGUGCAGACGGCUAGCCAGCUUGCUAUUUAGCCAUCUGGCAGGAUCGUAGCUCGCUAACAUUAGCACUUGGUUACCGUUAGCAAGUUGGUUUCUGCCUGGUGAUGGCUGAGGCACACAGGAGCUGUUUUGUGGCUGGAUUUUUACUCCUUAUACUGCUGUGUGGGUGCAAAGCCAGGAUACACCAGCUCACACUGAAGGAUGAAAUUCGGUCUGCCGUCGACCUCAACAACUUUGGUUUCUACGCAAACGGAACUUUGGAUGUCAACCUGCGUUCCCUGCGACUUGCACAGCAGCAGGUGAACUACACUGUAUACCCGGUGGGUUUCAGCCUGUCCAGGUCCCGGGUUAAUGGAGUUUUGUCCUACACAGCAGAGGAGACGGAGAUAUGCCCGCUCAGUAGUCCAAAGUCAGCCAAUGAUGAGCCUCUCAUUCUUUUUCUUUUUGAUAUCAAUGACCUCAGUGUCAAUAUGAAAGCUAUAGGUACUCAAGACAACAUCUUGACAGCAAAGCCAAAGGGUCAGAGGAAAGCCAGAGAUACCCAGGAUAAAACACCAGAGAAUGUAAACAAAAAGACAGUCGAGCCACACGAGCAGUCAGAAGUUGACAAGAAGAGUGAGGAACCUCCGGUUAAGACCAAAGAAGAAAAAACAAACCCUGAAGUCGAAUCUAAGAAAGAGGAGGAAAAUACAUUCAAUCUGGAGACGCAUCCCCACCUGAUUUUAGCUUUGGACAAAAAUAACGGCAGUUACAACUUUAGUUUCCACAUGGAGAUUGGCCCGAAGGCACAGGGUCUGUACACGCUCAAGUUCCACUACUGUCAGAACCGGGUGCCUGGAACCAAACAGCCCUACUCAUUCACGGUGGACGUGAGAGAGAAGAAUCUCGAUGGCUUCCUGUCUGCAGCUGAAAUUCCUCUGUCUCGCCUUUACAUUUGUAUGGCUGGAGUCUUCUUCACCGCUGCCAUGGUUUGGGUGUACACCCUCAUGAAACACAGGUACAGCGUGUUUAAGAUCCACUGGCUCAUGGCAGCGCUGGCGUUCACCAAGUCCACGUCCCUGGUUUUCCACAGUAUCAACUAUCACUUCAUCAACACCGAGGGCCAUCCUAUUGAAGGCUGGGCUGUCAUGUAUUAUAUAACACAUCUGCUCAAAGGGGCUCUCCUGUUCAUCACACUGGCUCUGAUUGGCACCGGCUGGGCCUUCGUCAAAUACAUCUUGUCUGACAAGGAGAAGAACAUCUUCAUGAUUGUCAUUCCUCUGCAGGUCCUCGCUAAUGUCGCCUACAUCAUCAUCGAGUCUACCGAGGAAGGCUCCAGUGAAUACUAUCUGUGGAAGGAGAUCCUCUUUCUGGUCGACCUCAUCUGCUGCGGAGCCAUCCUUUUCCCUGUUGUCUGGUCAAUCCGUCACCUACAAGAGGCAUCGAGCACCGAUGGCAAAGCCGCCAUGAAUUUGGAGAAGCUCAAACUCUUCCGGCAUUAUUAUGUGAUGAUCGUGUGUUACAUCUACUUCACGAGGAUCAUAGCCAUUCUGCUCAAGAUCACCAUGCCUUUCCAGUGGCAGUGGUGUUAUGAGUUUCUGGUGGAGGUGUCUACUCUGAUCUUUUUUGUGCUGACGGGCUACAAGUUCCGACCGGCGUCCAACAACCCCUACCUCCAGCUUCCCCAGGACGAGGAAGACGUAGAGAUGGAUGAAGUAGUGACAGAGUCGGGGGCACUGGAGGGGAUUUCCAAAGUCAAGAAGACGUCUAACGGACGCGAGCGCCAGAAAGAGUCCACCUUGUGAGCGGGAUGCUGCACCUUUGAGGGAGACCAACUAAACAUCCCCGGGCCAGCCGGUACAAAGGGGUUACACAUGGACCAAGGCUCCCCACUCGUGAUGACAGCUCUCCUUUUGAAACUCUUGACGUGGUUGCAGUGGCCGUGCCCACUGUCUGGCUAUGCAAAAAAAAAAACAAAAAAAAGAAAAAAAAACAAAAGACUAACUUGUUGGACGCUCUUCAUUUCCUUGGAACACUCCACCCAGAAACUCAGAGAGGUUUCAGGAGGCUCCUGCCACAUGGACAGGUGGAGAUAUGGAAAGGAGCUCUGAUCUCUUUAUAGAUUUCAUUUCUCUCUCUCUCUCUCUCUCUCUUUCUCUCUCUCCAAAGAUAAUUAUCAUUUUAGAAAAAGACGAUUUUGGGUGUGUUUAUAUCGACUAUUUAAACCGGUACUCCUGCGAGCCUCUUAGCUGUACCUUUUCGUGUGUGACGUGAGUACACGUGUGUGUGAAUGUGAGACAACACAAGAUUUGAACACAACAGUUGGUUGUUUUUUUUUUUCGCCCCUUUGGAGACGAUAGCCCACACUCAGGUAAAAGGCUAAUCAGUAUAUUUAACAGUAAGACAACGACUCCUCAUGUCUCUUUCCCACUGUUCAGGGGUCAGUAGUGUCCCAUCAGUCAGUACACAGCUUCAUCACCACACUGUACGGUAUGAUACUUUUUUUCUUAUCUAUUUGAUUUGUAUAUUGAAAUAUAUGGAUGUAAGAGGUUGUAUAUUUCAAUAUAUUGACUUGUUGCAUAUUGAAAUGUUCUAUUUCAGUAUUAUCGUUUCUGUUGGAGAGGGAAGAGUUCCUCCCCGUCCGUCACUUGGACCGCUGCUGUAAUUUAGUGCUUUAGUGGUUGAGGACACCUUACAUCUCUGAAUUCAGCCCACAUGGUGACAUGUGGACCUCCUUGAUGAAUAAACAGGUUUUCGGAUCGGGCUCUACACUAGUCAGAGCAGUGGCCCUGCUUGUGUUCAAUGACGGCCUUGUUCUUGUUUUUUUUAUUUUCCCCCCUGUGUUGGCAUCGCCGUGCCAAUCUGGGCAGAGAAGUGACCUAACUGAUUUUUGAAUUUGCCUGCUUUUGGUUUUACCUUUUUGCUCUUGAUGUGAAGCUUAUUUUAAUAAUUAUCGAUGACUUAUUGGUUUGUGGAAGAUCAGCAAUGUGUGCAGCCAGCCAGGCAGGGUAGGUUUGUAAAUAGGACUGUCGACACAAAAGAAGGCACAUAACACUUUUCAUGAGAACCGCGUAGAGGCUUUGUAGAGUGUUUCGGACAGUGUCUACAGGUACCGUUUCAAUGAGAUUUUUUGAUUCCUUCAAUUGACAAACGCGAGGAAACAGGGAAAGACUACUGAGAUUCAACCGCAGUCCCUCCUGUUCAGGGAUGACCGAGCUUCACAGUGUUUACAGGCCGCUGGUUCCAGCCUCUGGGUGUCCAGGAGGGAACAGUCAGUGUAGCUUCACGUCAGUUAACUGAAGAAGGUUUUCUGCUUGUUCCGGAGGGCUGUUUGAUGUCUGUAUGAACUGUCACAAUAAAGCUGGAAUUCUGGAAAGGUCUCCGA